AUGGCUUUCAACCGUAUUGCUGUCUAUGGUCACCGUGGAUUCGUUGGCUCUCGAGUUGUUCCUGCUCUAAUUGCCUCGGGAGCGCCAAUUACUGUUUUGCAUCGCCCUAGUUCGGAUACUUCCAAUCUCCCUGAUCACGUGAGAAAGAUUGAAGUCGACGUUCUUGACGAAGACGCUUUGGUUGGCGCCUUGCAAGACAUAGACAUUGUGAUUUCUUUUGUUGGAGACGAGGGUACCGACAGACAGUAUGGCUUUGUGAAAGCCAUCCCUAGGACCAAUGUCCAGCUUUUCUCUCCUUCGGACUUCUGUCUGCGAUAUUGUGAGCAGGGAAUGCGCAUGCCCUGUAUGAAGGCAAAAGCGAGAGUCGAAAAGGCUUCUAAGGAUGCUGGAAUUCCAACCUCUGUUAUCCACGUAGGAAACUUUGCUGAAUUCACCUUGAGCACGCCGGCGGUGGGUAUUGAUUUGCAGAACAACAUACUGGUCCACACUGGCAACUCCGUUAGGGAGAGAGUUACUAUGUGGUGCGUAGCAUUUUACCCAAAGACUCCUUCUCAUCUAGAGAAUUCCUUUAGUAUAAUUAAACUAAUUCCUUGUAGCACCAAGGACUACGUAGCAGCUGCGUACGUCGACAUAUUUACCACCAGACCUAUUCACACUAUACAGAACCGGACCUUCACUUUGUCGGAGCUUGCACCAACAGGCAUGGAAAUUGCUGCGAUCAUGAAAGAGAAGAACGGCAAAGAGCCCUCUAUUGCGACACGAAGCUUAGAGGAAAUUAACCGAACGAUCGAGGAUUGUCUCAGCAAGGAGAGUAAUCUCGCUGUCCCGUCCUAUUGCCGCAAGAUCUGGGGAACGGGAGAAAUGAUGAAGAUGCUUCCCGAUGAUUUAUGGGAAGUUAAGGACUACAAGAAAGCAACUUUAGAGGAUCUUGUCAUAGGAGGAAGAUUGGAGAGCUACAGAGCCCUGCCCGAUCAUGUGAUGGAGUACCUAAGAAAGAUGCUCUGA